CCCGGGGGUCGCCCGGCCCCAUGCCCAGCGGCGGCGGCGGAGCAGCACGCGGCCGCGGGCGGCUCUGAGGAGCCCGGAGGGAACCGGCUACGAGGGGACCAUGUACCGGGACCCGGAGGCGGCCAGCCCAGGGGCGCCCUCGCGAGACGUCCUGCUGGUCUCUGCCAUCAUCACCGUCAGCCUUAGCGUCACUGUUGUGCUCUGCGGCCUCUGCCACUGGUGUCAGCGCAAACUGGGCAAACGCUACAAGAAUUCCUUGGAGACGGUGGGCACGCCAGACUCAGGGCGUGGGCGCAGUGAGAAGAAGGCUAUCAAUGAUCUAGACAGAGACUUUUGGAAUAACAAUGAGAGCACAGUGCAGCAGAAAUGGAGCUCCUACCCUCCCAAGGAGUUUAUUCUAAACAUUUCACCCUACGCCCCUUAUGGCGACCCACGACUGUCCCUCAAUGGCACCCUCCUGUCAGGCGCCAAAGUGGCCGCCGCGGCGGGGCUGGCGGUGGAGCGGGAAGGCCGGCUGGGGGAGAAGCCGGCGCCGGUGCCGCCACCCGGAGAGGACGCCUUGAGAAGCGGCGGGGCUGCCCCCAGCGAGCCGGGCAGCGGUGGCAAGGCGGGGAGAGGCCGCUGGCGGACGGUGCAGAGCCACCUGGCCGCAGGGAAGCUCAACUUGUCCAAUUUCGAGGACUCCACCCUGUCCACGGCCACUACCCUUGAGUCUAUCCCCAGCUCCACGGGAGAGCCGAAAUGCCAGCGACCCCGCACCCUGAUGCGGCAGCAGAGCCUGCAGCAGCCGCUGAACCAGCACCAGCGGGGCCGGCAGCCCAGCCAGCCCACCACCAGCCAGAGCCUGGGCCAGCUGCAGGCCCACAUGGCCUCAGCGCCAGGCCCCAACCCCCGGGCCUAUGGCCGGAGCCAGGCUCGGCAGGGCACCUCGGCCGGCUCCAAGUACCGGGCGGCGGGGGGCCGCAGCCGCUCCAACCCGGGCAGCUGGGACCACGUGGUGGGGCAGAUUCGAAACCGAGGCUUGGACAUGAAAUCCUUCCUGGAAGGCCGGAUGGUGGUGCUAUCCUUGGUCUUAGGGCUUUCGGAGCAGGAUGACUUUGCCAAUAUCCCUGACCUGCAAAACCCAGGAACCCAGCAGAACCAGAACGCUCAGGGGGACAAGAGGUUGCCUGCAGGAGGGAAGGCAGUGAACACAGCCCCGGUGCCAGGCCAGACACCCCAUGAUGAGUCCGACCGCCGGACCGAGCCACACUCCUCCGUCUCAGACCUCGUCAACUCCCUCACCAGCGAGAUGCUCAUGCUCUCCCCAGGCUCCGAGGAGGACGAGGCCCACGAGGGCUGCAGCCGAGAGAACCUGGGCCGGAUCCAGUUCAGCGUCGGCUACAACUUCCAGGAGUCCACGCUCACCGUGAAGAUCAUGAAGGCCCAGGAGCUGCCGGCCAAGGACUUCAGCGGCACCAGCGACCCCUUUGUCAAGAUCUACCUGCUGCCCGACAAGAAACACAAGCUGGAGACCAAGGUGAAGCGGAAGAACCUAAACCCCCACUGGAAUGAGACUUUCCUCUUCGAAGGUUUUCCCUAUGAGAAGGUGGUGCAGAGGAUCCUCUACCUCCAAGUCCUGGACUAUGACCGCUUCAGCCGCAACGACCCCAUCGGGGAGGUGUCCAUCCCCCUUAACAAGGUGGACCUGACCCAGAUGCAGACCUUCUGGAAGGAUCUGAAGCCAUGCAGCGAUGGGAGUGGGAGCCGAGGGGAGCUGCUCUUGUCUCUCUGCUACAACCCCUCUGCCAACUCCAUCAUCGUGAACAUCAUCAAAGCCCGGAACCUCAAAGCCAUGGACAUCGGGGGCACAUCAGACCCCUAUGUGAAGGUGUGGCUGAUGUACAAGGACAAGCGGGUGGAGAAGAAGAAGACAGUGACGAUGAAGAGGAACCUGAACCCCAUCUUCAACGAGUCCUUCGCCUUCGAUAUCCCCACGGAGAAGCUGAGGGAGACGACCAUCAUCAUCACCGUCAUGGACAAGGACAAGCUCAGCCGCAAUGAUGUCAUCGGCAAGAUCUACCUGUCCUGGAAGAGCGGGCCAGGGGAGGUGAAGCACUGGAAAGACAUGAUCGCCCGUCCCCGGCAGCCUGUGGCCCAGUGGCACCAGCUGAAGGCCUGAGUGGGGCCAAGGGAGGCCCAGGGGGCCAAAGGCCUAGGUCCCCAUCAUGCCCUCACCACUUUAUGCACAAUGCCCGGCCUGAGCCCCCUGCCAUAGGGAGGGGAGGACCCUGAGGGCUCAGCCAGGAAGGGGUCCCAGACUCAACUGGGCUCCGUUUCUAAGAAGUAUCAGCCCCGUCCCCCACAGUCCAGCUUGGGGGAAGGGACUCUGGGAGGCAUUUUCCUGCUUUGCCCCUUUUCUUCCUGACUUGCUGAUACUAAAGAAGUCGGGGGAGCUCGAGAGCCAGAUGGCCAGACAGGCAGACCCCUCCAGAGGCCAGCCAGGUGGGCAUGGUUCCCCGUUUUCUUUAAGGCAGUGCCUGGAGUGGAGAGAGGCUGUCCCCUCUCCAGCCCCCAACGUGGACCCAGGGGAGGGGAGGCUGAGGCAUUUGGCCCUGGUCUGUCCAGGAGAGGCCCAUCCCCAGGGCAGCUUCAGGUGCCAGCUGGGCCCUGAGUGCCAAGGAUAGUGUAGAGCCCUCUCCUGGGUCCUGGAGCCAUGGCCCUUUGUACUUGUGUUGUGUCCAUUGUGUGUGUGCGUGGGGACAGAGGCCUGACAGUGCAGAAGACUAGGCAGAGAAGGCAGGUUUCAUGAAGGCCAGGCAGGGCUGGAGGCAGGGGGCAGGAGAGGAGAGGCCCAUAGGGCUGAGUGGGGUGGGGUGGGGCAGAUGUUGGGAACAGAAGAGGGGCUGGAGCUGAGCUGAGAACUGGGCUGCCUCCUGACACCCCCUCUCCUCCCCUUCUUCCCUCAGUGCCCAACUCCGCUCAGAAUCUCAAUAGUUCCUCCUUCAGCAAUUUCAUCCCUUGAACACUGGCUCACACCUUUUAGGCACCUACUGUGUGCAUAGCAUCCCACUAGGGCUCACCUUCCUUCCUUCUCAAGGGGUCCCGAGCCCCCACUAGCUUUGCCCUAAUUCCUUCAUCCAAAGACCCCCGCCAGCUUCCCACACCUCACACGGCAGCCACAUUGGCCCUGUUCUCCAUGUUCUCCAGCUGCCCUGCCUUCCUCAUGUCUCCCUGCCUGUGCAGACCUCUACCCCUCCAUCCCCCAGUGCUUGUAGACCUUCCAUUCAUUCCCUCUCGUGAGUGGUCUCUGAUCUUCCACCACCUGACCUUCUCCAGGACUCUCUUCUCACCCUUCCCUACUCCCUGGUGCCCGGGAGCAGCUCCUUCUGCCCAACUCACAGUGUGGGGAAAGGAGGCGGGGAAAACACUGGGAUUCUGUGAGUUCUGAGAUUGCCACACACAAAAAAGCCGUGGUUUCUCUGCCUCAGCCACUGAUAAGACCAGAACUGGCUUCCCCUUGGAGACGGCAGAUUUCAGGCUGAUCCCUGCUUAAGCCCUCUCAUCCCCACGCUGGUACUAGUAUUGAUACAAGACCCAGCUGGUGACAAAGCCUCCGAUCCUGGGGGUCCACGAGCCUGAGCCUGACAUUCCCAGAAUCACCGCCAGGUGGCGCCAGGUCCCCACAGUCUGUGGCCGUGAUCUUGGCCCACAGUUCCACCCUGGAUGGGCCUGGGACAUCCCAAGGAGACGAGGACUCUAGAUAGGGUCCCCACAUCCAGAGUGCGGGGAGACCAUAGGCAUUUGGGAACCAUUUUCCUUCGAUCGGCUUCCCCUUGAGCUGAGCAUUCUGCUCGAUGCAGUAGAUGGGUGGCCUUUUGCCCAUAUCAAAAUUUUCUUAAAUUGAAUCUCACACCCCCACCCCCAUUCCCUCUCCCUGGGAUCUGGAGGAGCAUCAUACAUAGUAGGUGAAUCGUUUUGUAGAGUGAAGAAUGCCAAUGUAAAGCAAAUAGUCACCCACGUUCCUUGUAAAUCCAAAUGUUUCUAUAUUGUAGAUUUGCUUAAAAUGGAGUCGGCCCCAACUGCAUUGUCCUCUUUGGCGGGCUGGGGACGGCCCCAGCUGGGACAGGAGGGCAAAGGCCACGUAGAUAUGGGAGAGGGUGUGGUGGGAAGUCUGCCUUUCUCCACCUCUCCCUUGGACCCCCUUCGGUUUCCUGUCCCCCCACCACCCACCUGCCCCUAGGAAGACCGCCGAGUGAGCGAGCCCCCACCUCCCAGGCCUCUUCGCCAGCCAGGGAGCCCCCCGCAUCCAACCAACUUGCAUCAAGUGGGCAGGGCAAUGGCUGCCCCUUUUCCCGAGCCCCGCUCACAGAGCUCUUAGCCAAUCCUAUGCAGAGAGCAUCUCCUGGUGAGGGUCUCUUCCCACUCAGACCCCACCCAGGCACAUUGGUGACAAGGCUUCCCCAGCCCCCCAUGUGCAGGUGGAGCUCUGGGAUGCUGUGCUGGGGGGUGGCAAACGGAGGGCUGAGGGCCAGGUAGGCUAGCACAGGAGGCAAGGGUGGUAUGGGACAGGGCAGGGGGUGGUCUAGGGAGAUAGGAAAGCAGGGAAUGGGGAACUUGAGGGUGGGAAGAGGGCACGGAGCCCUGCCACCAUCCCAGGACUUUGGGCAAAUUACCUGUACUCCCUGGGCCUCAGUUUCCCCAUCUGUAAAAUGAUGGUAAUAAUACUUCACCUACCUCAUAGGGGAGGUUGUGAGGCCGCCAUCACCUGACGUGGGGGUCAAGGCAGGAGGACUCUGAAGGUGCUACCCCGGAGCAAAGCGAUUUCUGAAUCCUGAUAGCAAGACCCGCCUGCCCCUCCCCCACAGAGCCUCCAGAGCUAGCUGAGGCCAACCCAGGCCCCGUCUCUUCACUGUGUCGCAGGCCCCUUUGUGGGCCUCAUCUGCCAUCUUCGUGGGCGCCCUAGACUUAGUCCUUACCUUGUUCUGGUUUCCUUUCUUGUGAUCAUCUCCCCACGUAACUGCUGUACAAAUCCCACCUGCCCCGGGACCCCCACACCUGCCCUCCGGCACCAGAUGCCAGGGAAGGUACAGAGGAAAACAGCCACAAACAAGCCAAGGGGCACUCCAACCACCGAGUGCCCCGGGGGUGGGAAUCGGUGGCGCUGUUUGUAUCGUGUUUGAGUCCUUGAGUGCAAGUGUUUUAUAAAAAAUAAAACAAAAACCCACCAUCAAAAAAAAAAAAAAUUUUAAAAAAAAAAAAAAAAAAAAAAAAAAACAAAAAAAAAAAAAAAAAAAAGGAAAAAAAAGAACCAUACAAAAUGUUUCCACCACACAUGCCCUCUAAGCCAGCAAAAUUUCCUCUUUGCAAAAUCCUAUUUUUGUGGGAAUGGGCCCCGCUUUUUGUGGCGAGGCCUGUUCUGAUUAAUAAAGGAUCAUGGAACAGUA